UUUCUAUUUCAUAGUCUCAAAUACGAUUAAACCCUCCCCGGCCCGACCCAUUGUCCCCUCUCCCGCGCCGUCGUCGUCGCCAUCACCGUCUUCAUCUCCCUUAGCCUCGUCUUUUAGUGAAGCAGACCGUCGGAAGUAUAAAGUUUUAGAGGCUCACUCAACAGAGCCGACUCUUGAGAAACGGUGGAGUGCGUCUCCUUGCAGAUGAACGCUGUGGCACUUUCUUCCUCUUUGGGAUCCUGUUCUCUCUGAAUUGAAGAACGAAUCUCUUGAGGAUGGUGUUUGGUCAAGUGGUAAUUGGUCCACCGGGCUCUGGGAAGACUACUUAUUGCAAUGGCAUGUCUCAGUUUCUCCAGCUUAUAGGAAGGAAAGUUGCUGUUAUCAAUCUUGAUCCUGCUAAUGAUUCACUACCGUAUGAAUGUGCCAUUAAUAUUGAGGACCUCAUUAAGCUGAGUGAUGUGAUGGAUGAGCAUUCUCUUGGUCCAAAUGGAGGUCUUAUCUAUUGCAUGGAUUACUUGGAGAAGAACAUCGACUGGUUAGAAUCCAAGUUGAAACCUCUUUUGAAAGAUCACUAUCUGAUUUUUGAUUUCCCUGGCCAAGUGGAAUUGUUUUUUCUUCAUUCAAAUGCUAAGAACGUUAUUGACAAGCUUGUAAAGAAGUUGGAUCUUCGGUUAACUGCUCUUCAUUUGGUAGACGCACACCUUUGUAGUGAUCCUGGGAAAUACGUGAGCGCAUUGAUUCUCUCCCUUUCAACAAUGGUGCAUCUGGAGCUUCCCCACAUUAAUGUUCUCUCUAAAAUUGAUCUCAUUGAAAGCUACGGAAAACUUGCUUUUAAUCUUGAAUUCUACACUGAUGUGGAAGAUUUAUCUUACUUGCAAAAUCAUCUGGAUCAGGAUCCACGCUCUGCUAAAUACAGGAAACUAACGAAGGAGCUUUGUGAUGUCAUAGAAGGCUAUGGUCUGGUUAAUUUUACAACUUUGGAUAUUCAGGACAAAGAAAGUGUAGGUAACCUUGUCAAGCUUAUAGACAAAAGCAAUGGGUAUAUAUUUGCAGGCAUCGAGGCCAGUGCAGUUGAGUUCAGCAAAAUUGCUGCUGGUCCUCUUGAUUGGGAUUACUACAGAACUGCUGCAGUACAGGAAAAGUACAUGAAGGAUGAUGAUGAAGAUGAGUACCCAAAGGAUGAUGAUGAACAUUAACAAUGGAAUUUGCAGCAAACCUAUGGCUGGCAGGUGAUGGUUCUUCUGGAAACUUAUCAAAGUUGAAGUUUAAGGCUUUAGUAGGAACAUGAACAACUUUGGUGAAGUUAAAUGCUUGUGAAUGGGUGUUUCUUUUGAAGAAAUUUUCACCUUGGUUGUAGUCUUGUAGAGCCACCAAAGAAUCCAUUAAUCUGAUGUAUAAACUAAAUUGAUAAUAUUGGCUUAAAAAUUUCUAAAUCUGAUAGCGAUGCAUAGCCCGUACCCCAUACCCGAUUUAAAUA